CCUAUGGUCUCAUACUCUUCACUUAAAGCAAAACCCAUUCAACUCUCAACAACUCUGAAGUUUGCUCAAUUUGCAGAGGAGUUGAUCAUGCCUAGGGUUUCCGCUCUUGACUUGCCUGAUUUGCCCAAGGGGCAGCUCCCUCCGCACCUCGAGCUUCAGCGGACUCGUGUCCACUGUGCUGCUGAUGCUCCAACUCAUACAGAAAAUGUUCAAUACUCUGGUGCCUAUGCAAUGAUGGGAGUUGAUAAUGGUACUCGGUUGGAUGAGUUCUGCAAAAAGUUCGAAGUUGAAGUGAUUCGACUGACGGAGGACGAUAUGGAAUUCGAUAUGAUUGGUAUCGAUCCUGCCAUCGCCAAUGCGUUUCGGAGGAUCCUCAUAGCAGAGCUCCCCACAAUGGCUAUCGAGAAGGUCCUGAUUGCUAAUAAUACAUCAAUUAUCCAAGAUGAAGUGCUAGCUCAUAGGUUGGGACUCAUUCCUAUCAAGGUCGACCCAAGGCUGUUCGAAUAUAUGUCAGAGAACGAUACUCCAAAUGAAAAGAAUACAAUAGUAUUCAAGCUUCAUGUUACAUGUAAAAAGGGUGAUACCCGUCUUACAGUGAAAACAGAUACUCUUAAGUGGUUGCCCAAUGGGAGUGAAUUUCCAGUCGCAUCUGAAAACCCAGCAUCAAAUCCAGCUUCAAAACCGAAAACUUAUACAUCAUUCACUUGUAGCCAAGACUCAUUGCCAGAAUAUUCCGACCAACCAAUUGCCCCUAAGCAUAAUGAUAUUAUUCUCGCUAAGCUUGGGCCAGGCCAGGAAAUUGAACUUGAAGCACAUGCUGUUAAAGGGAUUGGUAAGACUCAUGCAAAGUGGUCCCCAGUUUCCACAGCUUGGUAUAGGAUGCUUCCUGAGGUUGUUUUAUUGCAAGAAGUGGAAGAUGAAAAAGCUGAAGAGCUUGUAAAAAAAUGCCCAGUUAAUGUAUUUGACAUUGAAGAUCUUGCUAAGGGUAAGAAGAGGGCAACUGUAGCCCGACCACGAGCUUGCACGCUGUGUAGGGAAUGCAUUAGAGGGGAAGAUUGGGAGAAGCGUGUGGCAAUAAGGCGUGUUAAAGACCAUUUCAUCUUUACCAUUGAAUCAGCGGGGGCAUUACCACCAGAUGUGUUAUUCACUGAGGUUGUGAAGAUCUUGGAAGACAAGUGUGAGCGUGUGAUUACUGAACUUUCGUGAAUAUUUGAUUGACGAAAAAACAAAACCAAAGCUGUUCAUCAGAUGCAGAAAAGCAGGGGCUGGGACAGAAAUGGUCAGAUUUUUAAUGAAAUAUUUAAUUGUUUACCAUUGUCUCAUAUCUUCAUCUUCAACAGAUCUCAAUAACUUUGAGCAGAAGCAAAUAUAAGAAUGUUUUAUAUCAACCCUUUAACUUAUUCAUACAGGGAAGAAGUCACUUUUGCAUUUGAGGAACAUGUGAAUGAAAAUUAGCCAGUUUUGGUUUAC